CGAUUAUUUUGUAUUUCGUCUAUAAUUCAGUAAACCGCAUGCAUUGUCGACCGAUGGUAUACUUAGUAAAUAUAUUUUGUGGUAUGUGAAUAUAGAAUAAAAUUUAGUUGUUUUAUUUUGUGAGCAUUCCAGAAUCCUCGAUGUCAUAGAUUCAAGGCCAAAAGUGGACAAAGGUUAGUGUGUUUCGAUCUUAAAAAUUCUAGACAAAGAAAAGAGCAACGUAUUUGCGUUUGACGAAUUGAAACGUACAGACGUUUGUGCUUCGUAAGUGAAAAGGAUAAUAAUAUUCAUUCAAAAUGCAGAAAUUGAUAUUUUUAACAGUUCUCUUCUUUUGUGGAGUCAUAGCUGAAAAUUGUGAAGAUAAUAAUAAAAAAGAAGAAUGUGCUUUAGCACCUUUAGAUCAAGACAAAAAUUGGAAAUCAGCUUCUACCAUUUAUGAUUUUCAUGCUAAAGAUAUUCAUGGGAAUGACGUGUCAUUGAAUAAAUAUCAUGGACACGUUUGUAUAAUUGUUAAUGUUGCUAGUAAUUGUGGACUUACAGAUACAAAUUACAGAGAACUUGUACAAUUAUAUGAAAAAUAUAAUGGAAAAGAAGGUUUAAGAAUUUUGGCAUUUCCAUCAAAUGAGUUUGGCGGUCAAGAACCAGGAACCUCUGCAGAAAUUUUAGAGUUUGUCAAAAAAUAUAAUGUUACUUUUGACUUAUUUGAAAAAAUUAAUGUUAAUGGAGAUAAUGCACAUCCAUUAUGGAAAUGGUUAAAGACACAAGCAAAUGGAUUCAUAACUGAUGAUAUUAAAUGGAAUUUUAGUAAAUUUAUUAUUAACAAAGAAGGAAAAGUUGUUUCUCGAUUUGCACCAACUAUUGAUCCUUUGCAAAUGGAAUCUGAGUUGAAGAAAUAUUUUUAAUUGCGUUUACAAUAUUUUAUUUGCUUGAUUCAGUUUUAAUCACCUGUAAUACUCUUAUUAUAUAUUAAUUGUUAGAUUAUUUUUAAGAUUGUUAUAAGAAUGAAUUUUUAAUAUCUUUGCUGUUAUGUCUUCUUUACUUUAUAUGAACAGAAUUUAAAAUUAAGAAUUUAAAAUUAUUUUCUAUAUAAUGAAAUUUUGAUUGAAAGUUAAAAGAUUAUAUACAAAAUAUAUGAUUAUAUAAGAAAUAAAUAUU